AUGUUUGUUGCACGAAGCAGAUAUGUGGGAAAGAGGUUUUUGUCAACCAACUACCAAUCCAUUUUGCACAAUGCACAAGAAAAUGUAAACCAAUUGUUGGAAUCAAGCGACAGAUCAUCCUACAUCCUAGCACAAUACAUCCCUGAGCCAGCAAGGAACUCAUUUCUCGCUAUCAGAGCUUUCAAUUUGGAAAUCAACAAAAUCAAUGAAGGCGGAUCCAAUGCACAAUCUCGGGCUUCGAGAGCAUCUUCCCAAAUGUCAAGCACAUUGGGGGUUUCGACAGCAGACUUGAAAUUCAAAUUUUGGAGUGAUUUGUUAUUGCGUGUAUUCACAGAGGAUUCGAGGAAUGAGACCGAUUUAGGUGAACCCAUUGCUAUCCUUUUACGUGAUGGGCUCAGAAAUGACUUCAACUUGGACAUUUCAUACUUUCAGAAAUUCCUCCAGACUCGUCGCCAAUUCCUCAAAAAUGGCGGGACUUUUCAAACUACCAACGAUAUCUGUAGCUACGGAGAGGGAACAUACUCACAGUUGAACUACUUAACCCAAAGCUUGUUAUUGUCUCCAUCAAUUUCGCCGUCUGUUAUUCGAUUGUUGGAGUAUUCGCCGGAAUUACAAUCACUUCUCAGUGACAUUGCGGCCCACAUCGGGCAGGCAACGGCAGUUAGCUCCAUGAUCCUAGGGGUACCGUACUAUGCUCAGACGCGUAACCAAGUCACCUUGCCCGUUGAAUUGAUGACAGCUCACGAUUUAUCCCAGGAAUCUGUUCUUUGCUUGUGUCAGGGCCAUGCAGGAGAGGAUGUAUCAGAGGAAUCCCGAGUUAAGGAGAAACUCCAGGAGGUGGUAUACCAGACAGCCAUUACUGCCAACGACCAUAUAAUAACUGCUCGAGACAAACUUGCAAAGGCAAGUCUGGCGAUUGGGAAGGUGCUUGAGAGCCACGCUAAUGAUAGGUUGCUUGCCCAGCAGUCCAAGAAUUGGCGUAAAAAUAUACCAGAUGUAAUUUUCACACCGAUGAUGGUAGGUAUCCCAACUGUGUUAUAUUUGAAUCGACUCGAAAAAUGUGAUUUUGAUAUUUUCCACAGAAAGUUAAAACAGAAAGAAUGGAGAUUGGCAUGGACUUCAUUCAAGGACUAUUACAAGAGGGUUUUUUAA